CCUGCAGAAAAGCAGAAACAGGGCCACACAAACAUGGAUCUCAUCAGCAAACCAAGAAGCAAGUCUAUCGUGUGGAUGUAUUUCGGCCUGAAAGCGGAUGAGAAGGGACAGCCACUGAACUCCGGCGAGGCAAUUUGUCGUUUGUGCCGAAAAAUUGUGCUCGCAAAAGGUGGAAACACCACGAAUUUAAGAAGUCAUCUGAGACGUCGACACCGUGCUGAUUUUUUCGAGACUGCUUCCUCCACGACCUCCGGAGCUUUGUUUGAGACUCAAGGUUUGGAUUUAAACCAUGAGGAAUUCUUUGAGGAUGUUCCGUUUCUUCAGACUGCUGCAAACCAGAACUAUGUCCCAGAUGCCGUGCUGCCGCCUGGGGAGCCGUGGCUCCAUGGCGGCCCCAACCGAGCGGUGCUUUCUCUGCCCUCCUGUCUGUGCCUGUGUGGGGUUGCUGGGUCUGAACUAUCUUGUCCUGGAUCGUCUGGUGAGGACCAGAUGGGAGAGAUGAAGGUGUACGCCAAGUGUCACCUUCAGCAAGGCGUAAUGUUUGGACCCUAUGUAGGAGAAGUGUGCAGGGCACAAAUGCCUGCUAACCUCAAAUAUGCCUGGGCUAUCAGGGAUGAUGCUGCUUUUGUGUAUGUCGAUGCUUCUGAUGAAAACAGAUCUAACUGGAUGAGAUAUGUAACAUACACCAGCAGGGAGGAAGAACACAACCUGGUCGUUUUCCAGUUUUACCGUCACAUCUACUACAGGGUCACCCAGCCCAUCACAGAGGGAGCGGAGCUCAGGGUCUGGAUCGGCAAGGACUAUGCCACCCUGCUGGGCCUCGGGAUGGGUGAGAAUGUGAAAUGUGAAGUUGGAGACAAGGAGACGGUUCUGAGGCUCCUGCAGGACAUCCAAUUGGUCACUCUCCCAGAACCCAGCAGCUCCUCCCUGUGGUCAGACCACAGCCAGUCACAGAGCCCCAUGCCUAUUAUCAACGACGUGACCACCAUGUCACACCCCGACGCAGUUAAUGAUUUGGGGGCCAUUUCUGCCGCUGCCCUUACCUCCUCCCCGCUCAUCUCCUUCCCAUCACCUGGCUUGCAUCAGUUGGAAAAGUAUGAUUUUAUGCCUGGAACUGAGAAACUGCUGAGUAACCCGAACGCCACGCACAACAGCCCCUGGUACUUCUUUGGGUUCGAGCCGGACCCCACUGGGCGACCGCUGGACCGAAGCACAGCGGUUUGUAAGCUGUGUGGGGAGCGAGUGGGCUGCGGGGGAGGAGCUGCAGAUAUCCAAAACCAUCUGACCAGCAAGCACCACAUCAGACCACGUGACAUCAACAAGGAACGCAGUCUUCUGACCAUAGGUCAACAACGCACACAGGCAAUGAUGGUUAACAGCGGUCUGAUCAGUACGUUCCCACUGGUACUUUCUACUCAAGUGACAGAUGCCAUCACCAACUUUCUCAUCAUGGAUCUCCAGCCGCCAGCUCUGGUAGAAGGAGAGGGCUUCAAACAGCUGAUCCACACCCUGCUACCCUCCUACAAGGACCUGCCGUCACCUUGCCAGCUGGAGAACCUCCUAAAAGAACAGCACACUAAAGGCAGGACCAGCCUGGCUCAGCUCCUGAGGAGGAAAACUGGCAGUGGAGAGAAUGAGGAGAUACCUGACUACACUGUUCCCAUCGAGUAUGAGCCCAGGAGGCGUGGGAGACCUCCCAGUCAUCGGAGAGAGGUUCCUCACUUUGUCACUUUAAGUGUGGAUGUUUGGUUCCACAACUGGCAGGGCAAUACUGACAUGUACCUAACCCUCUGGGCACACUACAUAGACUCUAACUUUAGUUUUCAGAACCUUGCCCUGACAACCCAAAGACCGACAGAGAGUGGAGUGAAAGACUAUAGCCUUCGAGCAGUGGAGGCCCAAGUGAAAGUUAUGGCACAGGAGUGGGGUAUCUCCCAGCCUAAUCUGGUCUUGCUGGGAGGGGAGGGAAGGAACAAGAUGAGACUGGUACCAAUAAAAAGCGAGAAAGGCGGAGAAGCUUCAGGAAGCAUCCCUCACCCGAACUCAACAACCUUUCUUGAGAGGGAUGACUUGGUAUCACCUGAGGAACCACAUGGUUUAGAACAGAGCCAUUCAAGUGAAGGUUUACCAUCUGUCCCAUGCUUCUUCAGAGCUGUACAAGGCUGCAUUGAGGAAGUGAUGUCACACCCUGUCAUCUCUAAGACCCUCACCCAAUUCCAGGGUGUUCUUUCAACCCUCUUUCUGCCACCUGCUCUAAACAAAGAAUUAUAUCAGUACCACACCCAGACACUGUCGCAAGGCAUGACGAAACAGGAGUAUGCAGAGCUGAAGUCAUGGGCUCACAGUCGGCCCACCUGGAAUAAGCUGUAUCCCCUGCUGAGCAUGCUCAUCAAACAUAAAAGCCUUUUCUGUGAUAUGGUAAAAGAGAUAAAAGGGGAGGGCUUGUCCAAAGAAGACAGUGCUUCAGAGUCCAGUUCAUCUGGCAGCUGCCACGCCAACUCCACCUCCAACACGUUUUCUUCCAGCUUCGUGCCUUUGCGUUCUGAAUGGAAGGUUAUGGAGGAGCUGUGUUUGGUCCUCAAACCUCUGGAUGUGGCGUGUCGAACCCUCGCCAAGGAGGCCUUCCCCCGUCUGUCCCUUAUCAAACCCAUUCUCACCGGCCUGCUUUCCCGCCACCUCGUAUCCCGGCCGGGAGACAUGUCAUCCACCUUGAAAGAGGUGAAGAGGACGAUGAGGAGGAGCUUGGCGAGCUGUUAUGACAACCCUGUUGUCAACAGGGUUUUGUGUGUGGCGUGUUCCCUCGAUCCCCAGUUCCACGGGCUGGGAUUCAUGGAGGAGAAGGAGCAGACAGCGACUUUUGAUUGGCUGAAGAAAGAGGCUGUCAGGAUAGUGAAGGAGGACAGGAGGAGAGGUCAUUGUAAGAGCAAGAGGAGCCCCUCCCCUGGGUCACCAGAGUCAGAGAGUGACUUCUUGAGGAGAAGCAAACGGCUCAAAGAAUCCCGCCCGAUCAACUUCAGAGAGAUCGAAGAUGAAGAAUACGAGAGCGACACAGGGGAGGCAGACGAGAGCGAGUCUGCAGACCCAGGCUCACAGGGCGGACUCUCUGGUAUGGAGUUCCUGCUUGGAGACCUGUUUUGCUCCACCCCUCGGAGCAGGCAUAGCUCCGUGGAGGAGUCUGUGGACAUGGAGAUGUCUGUCUUUAGAGCAGACAAGGGGGCUUCGCUGGGAGUGGAGCCCCUGCAGUGGUGGAGGACAAAAGCGGUGCAGUUCCCUCUGCUGUCCACAGUGGCACGAGCCUACCUGGCUGCCCCGGCCGUGGCAGGGAACACUGCACAGGACUUUGUGCAGGAAGGAGCGGGAGCGACGUACAGAAAGAGAGCCAACAUUCCACCAGAAAGUUUAGACGCAAUCCUGUUUCUGCACCACAACCACAUGACCACCAGUGAGGGUGGGCAAACAGCUCUUAGGAAUGAAGACAAGAGCAGUGUGUUGGAGAAGGUCCCUUAAACUGACACAUAGCAUUCAAUCAUUAUUUGACAAACUCAAAAUGUAACCUUUUGAACUGCAUGCUGACCAUUUGCCUCAUUCAAAUUUAACCCUGAUUCAUACCUUAAUCAAAAUUAACCCACUGAAAGCAUGAAGAAUGUUCCCACUUUGGACAUAUGAGGAUGUUCAUAUACACACACACACACACACACACACACACACAUACCACACACACACAGAGCAGUAGGCCUCAUUAGACAUCUUUCUUAUUAAUUUGAUGCAUAUUCUGAUGAAACGGGCUAUUGCAUUGAGAUGUAGAACACAGAGAAGUCAUAUAAAAGUUUAAAUUAAGCACAUACUUGAAGAAAAGUUGGGUUUAUUUUAAUUGGUGGUUGGCCUCUAUACUUGAUUGAACUUCAACUAUCAAACCACGUUUCAUUGAGUAACAUUUACUUAAUUUGCCCCUAUUUGUGUGGCAAGUUAACAUUUUAAAUUCCACAUUUUUUUAAAGACAAGGAAGCUAGAGACAAGGAAAAUCAGGUCAUGUACAGUUUGGAGUACUCCACUGCUGAUCUAUUUCUAACUUUUCAGUUUAUAUCAACAACCUUGUAGCACCUAGUGCCUUACCUUGUUUCGAUACUAUCCUACAGUAGAUAUUAUCGUUAUUCUUAGUUUUUACUCCUUAAUGCUCAUUUAAAACAAACAUAUAACUGUAAGUGUGUAAAUUGUCUGUCCUGAUUAAAAAAAGUCCUCCAUGUUAGUGUUGUGUAAAACUACUGUGCCUUUACUUUUGAAUUAUUUUCCGUUAUGGAUCGAUAGCUUGUGAAAUAAAAAUCCAAAGACUGAAUAUUAAUUCACCUCAUGCUGCUCUUCCUUCAUUUUACUUAAAUCAUUUUGAAUUGUGUCUGUAAAUUAGUGAUAGAACUUGAACAUAACAUUUUAAAGAAAUUAAAGGAUAAAAUGUGUCAUCUGCAUAAAAACGUAACAUUUAAAGUCUCAAAAUGUGUAUUGUUUACUCUUUGUUACUGUAGGUCUGCUGUAUUUCAGAAGAUGUUUUUAGAUGUGUCGUGAAACCUAAAAUGUUUUUUUUUAAAACAUUGACAAAGUAUGAUACACUUCUUCAACAUUACAUUGUACACUGUUAACACAAUGGAUGAAGCUUAUCAGCACAAUGCCUGUACUG